CCACCGCAUUUCCAUUUCCAAUUUCGGCGCUGGAUUUUCCCUCGUUUCUUCGCUCCCCCUUAUUUAAGACACCGAAUCCCCCGCCCAAUUUCUCCAGUCUCAUUGCCUCUCUCUGCCUCGAAGCUUCCCAAGAGUAACACUGAUUCUCCUUCCGGGCACGAAAUUCCGUUCAGAUGGCCGGCGGCAGAGCAUCCGGGAAGUCGUCGACUGCGCCGAGAGUCAGGAAGCGGGUUGAGGUUGAUUCCGGCGAAUCCUCCUCCGCAAACCCUAGCCUCAAGCGCGCCAAGGACGGCAGCGCCUUCACUCGCUGUGAGGAAUGUAACAAGGAUGUACCAGUGGCUUUGAUUAGUUUCCACAACUGCAGUCUGGAUGCCAAGAUCAAGAUGAAUUUGGAAGCUCAGAUCAUUGAGAUGCCGGCUGAGGUCAAGAAAAAACCAUCUGAGAAGAAAAAGACAAGCUCAACUCAACCAAAAACCAAGAAGCCAAAGGAUCCGAAUGCUCCAAAGCGCCCACCCACGGCUUUCUUUGUUUUCAUGCAAGAGUUUAGGAAGACAUUCAAUGAAGCAAAUCCAGAUAACAAGAAGGCCUCAAUGGUUGCCAAAGAGGGUGGAGAGAAAUGGAAUUCCUUGACAGAUGUAGAGAAGAAGCCAUAUAUUGACAGGGCUGCAGAGCUCAAGGCAGAAUAUGAAAAGGCCUUGGAAGCCAACAAUGCUGCUGCGAAUGAAGAUGAUGGAGAUGAAUCAGAUAAAGAAGCGAAGGAGACUGAAGUGGAGGAAGAGGAAGAGGAAGAGUAGUGCCAUUUGUUGUCGUGUUUGUAGUUUCUUGUUUUGAUGCUUCAUGCUUGUUUUCUUGGGCUGUUGUAAAUUUCUAGUUAUUGGUAUUCUCUCUUUUUAGAUUAUUUGUCCAUUUUUGACUCUUAGUCAAGCAGGCUAGUGUUACCAUUGCGUACAAGUUUGGUAAAGUUUUGCAAAUGCUUAGCUUUUGCUCCAUCUAUCUUAUUGAAAUUAUUCUCAUAUUGAUUGCUUACAUUAUUUACCAUACUUUCUCAUAAAACAUUUUCUAUUUG